CUUCCUGUACAUUGUGAUGUGCAGCAAUGUCCGAAGGCUCAGCUGCUGCAGGGGUUUCCCCUGUAAAAGCCGUCAUAGUGCCCGGCAAUGGGGGAGGGAGCGUGGAGUCUUGUAUCUGGUAUGGUUGGACUAAAAAGAGACUUGACAAGAUUCCAAAUUUCAAGUGUCUGCUCCGUAACAUGCCCGAUCCAUUUACCGCAAAAGAAUCAAUAUGGCUGCCAUUUAUGGAAUCGGAGCUGCAGUGUGACAGCAAGACUAUAGUCAUUGGGCACAGUUCUGGAGCAGCUGCAGCCAUGAGGUUUUCCGAAACGCAUCAAGUGUUUGCCAUAAUACUUGUGUCAGCAUACAUCUCUGACUUGGGAGAUGAAAAUGAGAGAGAAAGCGGUUAUUUCAGUCGUCCUUGGCAAUGGGAAAAGAUAAAAUCCAACUGUCGUCACAUCAUUCAGUUUGGUUCCACAGAUGAUCCGUUCCUUCCAUGGAGGGAGCAGCAGGCGGUUGCUGAUAAUUUGAACGCGGAGUUGCAUAAGUACACAGACCGUGGACACUUCCAGAAUACGGAGUUUAAUGAUCUUCUGGAGGCCGUGAAGAAACUUAUUCCCACUCCUGUAUAAGCACAAUUUUGUACGAAGCAUCUGGUUACCGCCUAUAGUGUAAGGAUACGUGCACACGGCCAUGUCGUUUAUGCAGAUUUGUGCUGCAUUUCAGCCCCCAAAUCCACAUGUUCCUUCAUGAUUUGAGCCCCAGAUCAUACCCUAUGCAUAGCAAAGUGCGAAUUC